UGGGAAACACCGUGUGCGACCUCUCGUGCGCGCAUAUGUGUACGUAAGGCGAGCGACCCACUAGUUCAUCAUAUCGACAGUUGCCUGGAAGGGUUUCGCAAGUAGCGCCGGCCGGCCUGCUGCGGCGGUGAAGAAAACGGAGGUGGCAAGCAAGCGUGUGUGCUCUGAAUCGCACUCUGAAACGCCGAGAAAUCGAACCGGUAAAAACGGCAAAGAAACACCGAGCAAGAGCUGAUCAACCAACCUGCGUUGCUCCCUUGCCGUCCCCUCCCCGCGUCUAUUCCGCUUACCGAAGGAGGAAGCGAAUAUGCUGUUGUACCCAGCAAGCAUCAGCCUCUGGUGAGGCGGAAAUGGUGGAGGGAGGAGCACACGUGAGAAGCUGGUGAUGCCGCGCGAAGGAGCAUCGGGGCAGAAAUUUGCCAACGGGCAAAACAUGAAGUCGAAAGAGAGGAACUCCCCGAUCCCCUCUGGUCCGGUAGCAGCACACUGGAUGCGUGUGUGUGUGUGUGUGUGUGCUUGGAUCGAUUUGAGUAUGAUGAAACAAGGAAGAGCUGGGGCCAGAGAAUGAGGAAGAUGGCGAGAGAGAGAGAGAGAGAGAGAGAGAGAGAGAGAGAGAGGAUCUGAUCCGGUCGGGCAACAGCGCCAUCGGGUGCAAUCGCCACUAGCGGGAUCACGCUCCCGGGGCAGCAGUUUUCCCUUCGCCGUCUGUCCAUCGCUUACAGUUGCUGCUGCUGCUGCUGCUGCUGCUGCUGCUGCUACUUCUUGCCCGUAUAAACCUGCCGAAAAGGAAGACAGAAUAAAAGAGGAAAAGCAUAUAAAUCAACCAACGCUGCUCGCGCCGCUCUCUCGGUGGAGUUUUGCUGCACGCGAAGGAGGGGGAAAGGAAAGCGAUGGUGGUGAUGGAGGUGGUGGACGCAUUGCAAAUGAACUCUGGAAGACCGCAAGAAACCCCAAUCCCUCCUUCCCCAGCCCAAUCCAGCCGGCAGUGCACAGCGGUGCGAACGUGCGAAAAUGGAGUGAAGCGGAACAGCGCAACACACACACACACACACACUGCGGGCAUGAGCGGCAGCAGCAAAACCCUCCUUUCGGGAGCCACAACCACCGCCUCACCGACGACCACCUUCAGGUCCUGCUUCUCAUCAUCAUCAUGGCGUAGCGAGAGCGAUCUUACCAAGCCUCCCCGGAGGAGCAUUGAUCGAAAUCAAACUGGAGCUACUGGAGAAGAAAAGAGAGAGAGAGACAGAGAGAAAGAAAUAGAGAGGGUGCCCCGGCGGGAGAUCUUGUUCUCGUACGGGUGCUCUUCGUCCGUCGCGAGUAAAGGUGAGGAACCGCUGGCACACCGCGAAAUCAUCACAAACCCACUCUUGUUGUUGCCGAUGAUCAUUGGCCGAUCAGUGUGCGUGCGUCCGGUCGGUCGGGCAUGGUCGGGUUGCGCGAGUGCUGCGCCCGCUUUCUUUCUAACGGAAGUGCAGCUUGUCUUGCAAUUGGAGGAACAAUGGGGGCUGGGGGUGGCAGUUAAUUUUCAUCUCCAAUCGAUGAGAUGAGCUCUGCUGUUCAAUGUAGUGCGUUUGAUGCUGAUAGCGUGAGCCUUCGUCUGUGUGAUCAUCUGUCUCUGUGUGUGUGCUCGUAGUGAAGUGCUGAAACGAUCGAGUCUUCCGCUCUUCCCUCCUCCCCCACACCGGUCCUGCUAUGGUGUUACGAGUGAAGUGUCUAGUGCUCAAUUACAACAGCAGCAAGUGAAGGUGAUUUGCAAACAAGAGUGAUUCGCUUCCGGCCUCUUCCACUAGCCCUUCCCCCACCCGGGGAACCGCUUAAGCACGAGGGCGGGCUCCGUUUGUGUGGCCAGAGACGUCAGCCUCUGACGGCUGUGGCCACAUACAGCAAACGCAUCUUUCCGGUUCGUCUCUGCGCGCGUGUGGGUGUGUGUGUGUGUGAGUGACGACCAAUCGCGUGCAGCCAGCGUGAUGGGUUACGAUCUGGCCCGCUUUCAGGGUGAUGUCGACGAAGAACUGAUCUGUCCCAUAUGCUCCGGCGUGCUGGAGGAACCGCUGCAGGCCGUUGCCUGCGAGCAUGCAUUUUGUCGCGGCUGCAUCACCGAAUGGCUGUCGCGGCAGCCGACCUGCCCGGUCGAUCGCAACCCCAUCACCAACAACAACCUGCGCGCCGUGCCGAGAAUACUGCGGAAUCUGCUCUCCCGGCUAAACAUCACGUGCGAGAACGCGAUGUACGGCUGCACGCUGGUGCUCAAGCUGGACACGCUGGCCGCCCACAUCGAGGAGUGCGAGCACAAUCCGAAGCGACCGCUGCCGUGCGAGAAGGGCUGCGGGUUCGUCAUACCGAAGGACGAGUACAAGGACCACAACUGCUUCCGGGAGCUGCGGUCGCUCGUGCACAGCCAGCAGCAGAAGAUGGGCGAGCUGAAGAACGAAAUCAACGAUCAAAAUCUGGUGAUAAACGAGCUGAAGCGGGAGCUGAACCUGGUGAAGGACUUUAUGCGAGCGAUGCGCGUCUCCAACCCUGCCAUGCGUGCCAUUGCGGAUCAGAUGGAGCGGGACGAGGUGAUGCGAUGGUGCAACGGGCUGGCAAGGGCUCGCGUGACACGCUGGGGCGGCAUGAUCUCUACCCCCGACGAUGCACUGCAGCUCAUGAUUAAGCGGGCGCUUUCGGAGUCCGGCUGCCCACCGCACAUACUGGACGAUCUGAUGGAAAACUGCCACGAACGUCGGUGGCCCCGCGGACUCAGCUCGCUCGAAACACGCCAAAACAAUCGACGGAUAUACGAAAACUACAUCUGCCGGAGAGUGCCGGGCAAACAGGCGGUGCUGGUCCUGCAGUGCGACAACACGCACAUGAACGAGGACGUGAUGGUGGAGCCGGGACUGGUGAUGAUAUUUGCUCAUGGCAUCGAAUAGUUAGCGGGCGGGGAGUCGACUAGCACCGCCAGCUAUUGAGGGCGUCUGCAAGAUGCCCCCGAUACACUGGCACCGCUAGGGAGCGGAUGUGUUUUGUGAGAAACUACUGGCAAAUGGAUAGCAUUUCUCCCCGCCCGCCACCUGCGUAUCCAUCGCCCGUUUGUGUGUAUGUGUUUUGUUUUCUGUAGUGUGUGUGUGUGUGUAUGAUGUACGUUUUACUUUGUACCGUUGCUUUGUAACGACUAAUACGAAUGUUUGAUCUCGGAAUGGGUUUUGGUCAGCGAAAUCCGUUCCCAUCCUGCUAGCUGCGUUACUACCAGGCGACACUCAGUCCAUUCUUGGUGGCGUUUGCGCCUGUCCACCUUCUCAUAAUCGCGCCGACUUCCCGCCACGCAACGUUCACUGAUUGUCUUCGGUCCUUCGGUAGGGAAAUUCGGGGCUCACACGGGCUGUCCGGCAGUACUUACAAUUUUGGUUUAAGGAGCGAAAGGAAUCCAAAGCAAAAGAGAAAGAGAGGGAGAGAGAAAAGAUGUUUGCUUUGAAAACGUCCAACAUUUGAUAAGCCAUCUGGAUGCUUCGAUAACAAGCGCAACACUCGACACCGUUUGUGAUUUAAUUACAGUUUGCUCUAUACGUGCGUCUCGAGUGUGUAUUGGAGAGAUAUAACAUAAGCCAAAAGUAUUUACGCUAAAAAUGCUACAAUUCACAACCCUGUAUCUGGGCACGAGACGAAUCAGAAGGAGAUGCGCAGAGUGUAGGUUUAGGAGUGUAUGGGAAUUAAAAACGUUGUAUAUGGAAUUCUCAAAUGUCGCGACACGAUUAAUAAGGGUUUGUUUUAGUUAUUCUUACCUAGCCAUAAAGAAACUGAAAAUGAAUACAUCGAUAGAAGAAAAUUGCAUAUAAUUUUCAAAUCUUGAAGACCGCCCCCCUCUCCCCCCAUUGCGUCUAAAACAAUUCCGUCGCAGGAAAAUCCACUACUCAUACAACUAUCGCGCUUGCUUGCCUUACACAGAGUACUAAACAAACCGCUCCUAAGCCCUUGAAAACCCCCCACUAAAAACAAACCUGAUCAUAGAAUGCUUUGUGCGCGUUAUUAGUUUGGAUUAGAUUUAGUUUAAACUUCAAUCGAUAGAACAAAGGGGCGGCCCUCUCUAUCUUUAGCGUUUGUGUGAUAAGUUACGCAGAGGAAAGGAAAAGAGCAAACCAAGCGAAUCAUUAGUCCUCCGCGGCGAGAGUGUUGUUCUUCCGUUUUUAUCGCAAUCCGGCAAACCGUUACCGAGUUUACCUAAUGCUCGUAACACCGACGAAUAGCGGAGCAACUUUUCCGUUGCCUGUUGGGCAUGUACUUUAUUCACACUCUUUAUUAAACACUAGACGAUAAUUAGAGCAGGAAUUAGGUGGAAAGAGACAUACAUUAUAAUUAUGUCUGUGUGUAGAUGUAUGUGUGAGUAUGUGUGAAUGAUAUUUUGAGUGCAUAUGAAAUGUUUGAACGAGGCAAGUCCGCUUGUCGUGCGUGUGUGUGUGUGUGUAUCGAGAAAGUGCACAAAAGUGGUCAAAUGAAAACGUGAUUUAUGUUGAGAAUAGAAUGUCGAAAAA